AUGUCUCUGUUCACGCUGUCUCGAGCCAGCCGCCUGAGCAUCAUCAUCGCCAUCUCCUUCACCUUCUUCGUUGUCGAGAUCUCAGUUGGCUUCUACACACGCUCGCUAGCCCUGGUUGCUGAUGCGUUUCACUAUGUCUCCGAAAACCCCGAUGCAACCCCUAGUUAUCUGACGUUUGGUUGGCAGCGCUCGACGCUCCUGGGUGCAUUCUUCAACGGCGUCUUUCUGCUCGCGUUGGGCGUGAGCAUCAUUCUGCAGUCCAUUGAACGCUUCGUCUCAUUGGAAAGGGUCGAGAAACCUGAACUCAUGCUAAUCAUUGGAUGCGUUGGUCUUACGCUGAAUCUCAUCAGCGCUUCUUUUGUCCAUGAGCAUGGCCAUGACCACCACCGCCACCACCACCACCACAACCACAACCAUGGCACUCAAGAUGUAGAUCAAGAGCAGGAACAGAACAAACACCAGCAUACAACUUGA